UCAGAUCGCAUCGAACCAGACCCCCUCAAUUGUUGGGGUUCUGCGCGGUUUUUAGCGGCGACGUACGCACGUUCCCGCCGGAACCAUCGUCCGCCACUCGCGCUCGGACGACCCGUCGAUCGAGGUGCUCGACAGGCCGCCUGAGCCGGAGAGGACGGAAGCUCUGACUCGAUUGUUCAGGCCUGGGUAAUGGCGCCGCUCCCCCCCGCCAUGGCUCCCUGUCUCCCUGCUCUCUCAGUGAGAGAGAGUGGCCGCCGCUUGCAGCAGCUCACUAGGCCCGAGCCAGCGCCAGCUCGCCGAGACAGACAGCCGCCCGCACCGGCCCCGGGCGGGGAGACCCGAGCCGUGUGCUCUGUGAGGCCCAUACUCUGUAUGAAGAGUGGUUGAGUCUAUGGCCUCAGAGCUGGAAGCCACAAAGGAUGGCUUCUCCACUGACCUGGCAAAGCCCCUCCACCUCCAGUAUCUGGAGAGAGCCCUUCGACUGGACCAGUUUCUUCGCCAAACCUCUGCUAUAUUCAACAAAAGCAUCUCAAGUGAUGAGAGUGAAGAUGGUCUGGAUGAAAGUUCCCUGCUUCCAGAGUCUGAGUAUCCUUCCUUGCAGGUGAAAGAGGAACCUAUGUCACCUCUCCUAGGAGAACCGUCUGGACAAGAAAACCCAGGGUUGAUACCAACUCACUCACUCAAUGGAGUCUUGCAACUAGAGCCAAAGUCUGACAGAGGAAGCUUGUACAACUUCUCAAAGCUGAAGAAAAGUAGAAAAUGGUUGAAGAACAUCUUACUGAGUGAGGACUCCACCGACACAGACUCUCCAAGUGAUGAAGAGGAGGAAUAUACGCUAUCUAAAGAGGAGCUGCAUGACAUGCUGAGAUUGCACAAGUAUAAAAAACUACACCAGAGCAAAUAUCAUAAGGAUAAAGAGCUCCAGCAAUAUCAGUAUUACAGCGCCGGCCUCCUGUCUACCCAUGAUCCUUUUUAUGAGCAACAACGUCACUUCUUGGGGCCCAAAAAGAAACGAAUCAAAGAGGAGAAGAAAUUUAAAGCCAAGUUAAAAAAGGUGAAGAAGAAAAGACGGAGGGAAGAAGACAUAUCUGAAGAUGAGCUGCCACGUCGACACCACCACCAUGCCAAAGUGUUUGCCAAGUUCUCCCACGAUGCCCCUACACCUGUGGGCAAGAAGAAACACCUGACACUUGAACAACUGAACGCUCGUCGCAGAAAAGUCUGGCUUACUAUUGUUAAGAAAGACUUACCAAAGGCCUACAAGCAAAAGGUUUCAGCACGCAACUUAUUGAUAACAAAUAGUAAAAAGUUGGCACACCAAUGCAUGCGGGAAGUGCGCAGAGCUGCUAUCCAGUCCCAGAAAAACUGUAAGGAAACUCUACCUCGUGCACGGAGGCUGAGCAAGGAAAUGUCGCUAUACUGGAAAAAGUACGACAAGGUGGAAAAGGAGCACCGGAAACGAGCUGAGAAAGAAGCCUUAGAGCAACGGAAGCUUGAUGAAGAAAUGAGAGAGGCUAAGAGACAACAGAGGAAACUAAACUUCCUGAUAACGCAGACAGAACUCUAUGCUCACUUUGUCAGUCGCAAGCGGGGAUCUGGUCCAGAUGGGAUACAAGAGGAAAUUCUGCGCAAACUGGAUGAUAGUUCACCUCAAAGGCAAAGUAGUGCAGGAGGCGCCAGCAUAAGCUUCACUCAAGAAGAUUAUGACAUUGAAUAUUUCAAGUCUCAGGCACUGAAGAAUGCAGAAGAAGCGUUUAGGAUACACCAGGCUCAGACAAGGUCAUUUGAUGAAGAUUCAAAAGAGAGCCGUGCAGCAGCUCUGCGAGCAGCCAACAAGCUGGAGUGUGGAUUUGGGGAGAGUUACAGUCUGGCCAAUCCUUCAAUAAGGGCAGGAGAGGAGAUUCCACAGCCCACCGUAUUUAAUGGCAAACUAAAGGGCUAUCAACUAAAAGGCAUGAAUUGGCUUGCCAAUCUAUAUGAACAGGGUAUUAAUGGCAUCUUGGCUGAUGAGAUGGGCUUGGGUAAAACUGUGCAGAGCAUUGCACUUUUGGCUCAUCUUGCAGAGCGAGAAAACAUUUGGGGUCCCUUUCUAAUCAUUUCACCUGCUUCUACUCUCAACAACUGGCACCAGGAGUUCUCAAGAUUUGUACCAAAAUUCAAGGUACUACCUUAUUGGGGUAACCCCCAUGAAAGGAAAGUAAUCAGGAAGUUUUGGGGUCAGAAGACUUUGUACACACAAGAAGCUCCUUUUCAUGUGGUUAUCACGAGCUACCAGUUGGUGGUGCAAGAUGUGAAAUACUUCCAGCGGGUGAAAUGGCAAUACAUGGUGCUAGAUGAAGCCCAAGCUCUGAAAAGUAGUUCCAGUGUCCGGUGGAAGAUCUUGCUGCAGUUUCAAUGUCGAAAUAGACUUCUGCUUACUGGAACUCCCAUCCAAAACACAAUGGCUGAGCUCUGGGCACUGCUGCAUUUUAUAAUGCCCACUCUCUUCGACUCACAUGAUGAGUUCAACGAAUGGUUUUCAAAGGACAUAGAAAGUCAUGCAGAGAACAAGUCUGCCAUCGAUGAAAAUCAACUAUCUCGGUUACACAUGAUUCUCAAACCAUUUAUGCUCAGAAGAAUAAAAAAAGAUGUUGAGAAUGAGCUGUCUGACAAGAUUGAAAUUCUGAUGUACUGCAAUUUGACAAGCCGGCAGAAGCUGCUCUACCAAGCUCUGAAGAACAAAAUAUCCAUUGACGACCUUCUCCAGUCCUCUAUGGGUACAGCCCAGCAAUCACAGAACACCACCAGCAGCCUCAUGAACCUGGUUAUGCAGUUUAGAAAGGUAUGUAACCAUUCAGAACUCUUUGAACGUCAGGAGACCUGGUCCCCAUUUACCUGCACCAUAAAGCCGUACCAGAUUUGUAAAUUUCUCUACCGCCAUGGUAACAUGCAGAAUUUCAGCUAUUCUCGGAACCGGUGGAUCAAUGUUGUUCUUUCUCCUUUUGCACCGGACCACAUUCACCAAUCUCUCUUCCAUAGAAACGGGUCAGACAAAGAGAGCUGCUUCUCUUUCUUGCGAUUCAUUAAUGUCUCUUCUGCAGAAAUCCGAAAUCUCAUGCUUCAGGGUCAUGUAGCCAGAUGGUUAGCACUUUUCUUGUGUCUAAAAGCCUCCUACAGGCUCAACCACCAUCGAUUCUGGGAGGACAGGAGCGAGUGCCAUAAACCAUCUAUGUAUCUGGCCAACACGGAUUUCCUUCUUCAGCUAAAUCAUCCGCUGUCUUUUCCCAACAUUCACAGUUCCCCUGUAAUACAUGAAUUGGUCUUCUCGAGCCACUGUAAACCGAUCUAUGGAUUUUCAGACUAUCAGAUGCACCAGGAAAAAUCAGAUCAACCUCAAAUUCGGUGCUGCCAAAUAACCGAACUUCCAUCCUUACUGUAUAUUGCCAGCCCUAUGGUCACUGCGCCCCCCAUAGACACUUACUGCAAUGACAGGAGUGCUGAAUAUGAACGUCAGGCACUCAAAAAGGGAGGGUGCCAAGUUCCCUGGCAGUGUGUCAUGUUUGGAGCACCAGAACUUUUUUCAGAUUGGUCCAAGAGGCAUUUGCAGUUCUUCCCUGGAAAUCCGGGUGGUUUGGUGGCAGUUAGACCUCAUCAAGGCUGGUCUUUUGUAAGGAUCCCAGAUAAAGAGAGCCUGAUCACUGAUAGCGGAAAAUUGUAUGCCUUGGAUAUGCUUCUGACCCGAUUGAAAUCGCAAGGACACAGGGUGCUUAUUUAUUCACAGAUGACCCGAAUGAUUGAUUUGUUGGAGGAAUACAUGGUUUACAGGAAGCACACCUACAUGCGACUAGAUGGCUCAUCCAAGAUUUCCGAGCGGCGAGACAUGGUGGCCGACUUCCAGACCAGAACGGACAUCUUUGUAUUUCUGCUUAGCACCAGAGCCGGAGGAUUGGGUAUUAACCUUACUGCUGCGGAUACAGUUAUCUUCUAUGACAGUGACUGGAACCCCACUGUAGAUCAGCAAGCUAUGGACAGAGCUCAUCGACUGGGCCAAACCAAACAAGUUACUGUAUAUAGACUUAUCUGUAAAGGCACCAUAGAGGAACGUAUACUGCAGAGGGCAAAAGAGAAGAGUGAGAUCCAACGGGUUGUUAUAUCAGGUGGAAAUUUUAAACCAGAUACUCUUAAACCAAAGGAGGUGGUCAGCCUGCUGCUCGAUGACGAGGAGCUAGAAAAGAAAUUACGGCAGCGACAAGAGGAAAAACGGCAGCUGGAAGAGACAAACAGAGUAAAAGAGCGCAAAAGGAAGAGGGAGAAAUAUGCUGAAAAGCAAAAGAAGAAAGAGGAUGAGGUAGAUGGCAAGAGGAGGAGAGAAGGCGUUAACUUGGUGAUUCCUUUUCUCCCGUCUGCUGAUAACUCAAACUUGUCUGCUGAUGGCGAUGACUCUUUUAUCAGUGUGGACUCUGCAAUGCCAAGUCCCUUCAGUGAGCUAUCUAUUAGCAGUGAACUCCACACAGGGUCAAUAGCACCAGAUGAGAGCAGUAACGACAUGCUGGUUAUAGUGGAUGAUCCUUCCUCGUCAGCACAGCAAUCCAGGGGAACCAACUCCCCGGCUUCUAUCUCCGGCUCUGUCUCUGACACGCUCAAUGGAAUUACCGGCCAAGAGACACAGGGAAGUGGGCGUGCAAAUUCAAAUCGAAACAAAGGUCGGCCCAAGAGCGGCAACUCGAAAGGGGCCAAAUCACGGAACCGCAAGUCUACGACAGGCAGCGCAGCUGCGAUAGCAGGAGCAAUGGCUGGGGCUGCAGCAGCUUCCGCCGCAGCUUUAGCAGCAUAUGGAUACAAUGUGUCUAAGGGUCUCUCAUCUACCAGUCCACUUCAGACAUCUCUGUUACGACCAUCUGGAAUUGCUGAUUUUAGCUCAUCCUCACCAGUCAGCGGCCCCUUGAACAAAGGAAAUUGUGUUCCCGGUACUCCAAAAAUGAUCAAUCCAAUUAUUUCAAAUCCAGAAACCCCAACAAGAAGGCAUAGCAAGGGUGCCAACACACCAGGAGGGCUGUAAUAAUUUGGGUAUAUGUACUCCUGUGUUCAAAUGGGACGUAUUUUUUAUUUGAUGUGGAGACUCCGACAUGUAAGACUUGUAACCCAAAAUUCUACAGCACAGUGACUGUGGAAGCUGUUGAAUUCUCUGCUGCAUAUCUCUUUUUUAGAAUGGAGUUUAUGUCAAUCCCUCCACAAAUAAGGGAUAUUAUGUUGACAAAGAUGAGUUAUGAAAUAUCUACUUCUUUGGACACAAGUGUCCAAGAUGUACUUGUCUUUUUUUACCCACUUAAUGCUCGUUCUUGAGCAUCUGCAAAACACACGUGUAGAACUUUUGAUGCAAUAAUCCGCCUUGGGCUGCAGUGCCCCUUCCCCCUUUUCAAUUUCACAAUCUCUUCCUGUUGCUUGCACUAUUGUCUGCACUACCAGAAAUGGAGUACCGGAGAGCAAAGCAGUGUUGACACAUGGGACAUGCCGAGAUAUAUAAAUAUAUAUGUAUGUAUGCUGGAAAACCAGCAUGUUAACUUUUAUUUCUUCUGUUUAGUCAUUCAUUGUAAUUUAAACAUACUCUUCUCCGACCCCCACCUGCUGCAUAGACUUCUAGAAGCAAGAUUAAUCAACCCUUGAAAUGAAUAUGUUAGCUGUGUUCAUUGGUUUGCAGAUAGUCCGAGAUGCAGUCUCCUACCUCUUCAGUUAUACUAGCUACUUCGUCAGUUCUUUGUUCUUCUGUGCAGAACAGCUAUUGCUAUCUUUGGUACUUAAGGGUUUGGAGUCUGAACCAGCUUUUAAUGGGUUCUGUAUUCCCAAGACAUUUCAAGUGCUAUGGUUAGCCAUCACUGCUGCAGACAAAGGACACCGCAUUCUCUGGAAGAAGCCAGUUCACCCAUAAACCUUUGGUUACUGUUAACCAAUGUUCUCCACAGGGUCCCUGUAACACAGCUGAAAUUCCCCUUAUUUAAAUUGCCCCCCGCCCUCCAAUUUUACACAGUAAUGCAGCAUUUCUGUAGUGUGUGUACAUAAAUUUAUUUUGCGGGAUUCUAAACAAUGCAAUGCUUUUUUUCCUCUUUACAAUGUGUUGUCUAUUUUUAUAUCUGAAUUUGUAUAUAUGUAUAAAAAGAGACACAUCUUUCUUUUACUAACUGGAGAGAAAAAAAUCUGAAUAAAUUGAAGAUAAUUUUAGGUAA